AUGGUGCUUAGAGUGUUGGUUUCGCAGAACUGGCAGUGUUGGACAGGGCCUCUGGAGCUCAUCCAGUCCAAGUUCCCUGCCAAGGCCGGGUCACCUAGAGCAGUGAGGAGCCCAGAACUGGACACUGCUGGAGAUGACUGUACCGUGGGGGAUGCUGUUCUUGUAAAGCAAGACGGGGAUGUCCCAGGGGAACGAGUUCCGUGUGAACUGGUACAGGCCCCUUGCGAUGAGCCCUUAGCAGACUUAGGGCAGCCGGGGUUUGUUGGGCCGGGCAGGGCAGGGAGGCUCUCGGCACAGCCGGGGCUGAACGGGCUCAGAGCGUGGUCCCGGCACCGCCGGGCCGCUGGAGGCCGUGAGGGCGGCCCCGGGAGCCCGGGCCGGGCCGGUACUGCGGGUCCGGGGACUGCGAGUCCCGGUACCUACCGGGCCGCUGGAGGCCGUGAGGGCGGCCCCGGGAGCCCGGGCCGGGCCGUCCGCGCGGGCCGGGCGGAGCCGGGAACGCGCCGGGCGGAGCCGGGAACGGGCCGGGCGGAGCCGGGAACGGGCCGGGCGGAGCCGGGAACGGGCCGGGCGGAGCCGGGAACGGGCCGGGCGGAGCCGGGAACGCGCCGGGCGGGCGGCGGAGGAGCCAUGGCCUCCUUCCGCCUCGCUCUUAUCCAGCUUCAUGUAUCUGCUGUUAAAUCGGAUAAUCUCCAACGAGCCUGUGGACUGGUGAGGGAAGCAUCAGCUAAAGGAGCAAAACUUGUGGCUCUACCUGAAUGCUUUAAUUCUCCAUAUGGAACCCAGUACUUUAAGGAGUAUGCAGAGAAGAUCCCUGGGGAAUCAACACAAAAGCUGUCAGCAGUUGCAAAGGAGUGCAGCAUAUAUCUCAUUGGAGGAUCGAUUCCAGAAGAGGAUGGUGGAAAGCUCUAUAAUACAUGUACUGUCUUUGGGCCUGAUGGUGCUCUGCUGGCAAAGCACAGGAAGGUUCAUUUGUUUGACAUUAAUGUUCCUGGGAAGAUACAGUUCAGAGAGUCUGAAACACUGAGUCCAGGGAAUAGUUUCUCCAUGUUUGACACACCAUACUGCAAAGUGGGCCUGGGCAUCUGCUAUGAUAUGAGAUUUGCUGAGAUGGCUCAAAUCUACGGCCAGAAAGGUUGCCAGCUGCUGAUAUAUCCAGGGGCUUUUAACAUGACAACAGGACCAGCUCACUGGGAACUCUUACAAAGGGGACGAGCUGUUGAUAAUCAACUCUACGUAGCUACUGUAUCUCCUGCUAGAGAUGAAAAAGCAUCCUAUGUUGCCUGGGGACACAGCACUGUAGUAAAUCCAUGGGGUGAAGUCAUAGCCAAAGCUGGGGCUGAGGAAACAGUUGUAUACACAGAUAUAGAUCUAAAGAAACUUGCAGAAAUACGUCAGCAGAUUCCUAUUUUAAGCCAGAAGCGUUGUGAUCUCUAUGGUGUAGAGAUGAAAAAGUGAAGCUGGGUGAAGAGGGAAGGUUCAGCUGUCACAAUGCCUGUUGCCUUCAUCUUCGGAAGGAUUUCCUCAGUAGUUGCUCCACAAUUUACUACCUAAUGUGCCAGUUAAGAAAACACCACCUAACAAAAAACUUGGUGCAAUUCUAGUAUGAUUGAACUAUAACUUUUGUAUCUCCACUCAUACUUCAGUAUUUCAUAGUAUUUUACAGGUAGGAUAAAGAUGGAGAUGAAAACAGUUCAACACAGCAGUGAUUAACACUGAUUUUUAGUCAUAAUGUUUUUGUUACCUUCUGAGGGCUGUUUUAUAGAACACAGAAAUGGAAAUCUUGUUUUCUGAAACUCAAGUCAGCUUUGGUAUUAUGAAUUUUUCAGUGAAUUGUCAGAAAAUCUAGAAGCAUGAUUCUUCUCACUCUGUCCUUUUUAGAUGUACGUGACUUAACCAAGGUCCUUGAAUGCCCUACUUUUAACUUGGGAAGCUUAAAAUUUAACACACUGAGCAAAACAGGCCAAAUUCUGCUCUGCUCUACUCAGGACACUGCAAGAAGCUGCCAGACAGAGCUGCUCCUAUAGAAGAAUCUGUGACAGUUUUUGGUUCAUGUGUUUUGUCUGGAUCUGUGUAUUAAAUUCUCCUUAUGGCAAAUGCUGUUCACUGCUGAAGUGACACAGGUUGCUGUAUUAUUACAGUAAUUUUUCUUUGCUCUCCCUACUGCUUCCUUAACAAAAUGUCUGAGUGGGUUUUACUUCUGCUGCCUGGAAAAGGCUGAGAGCAGUCGGGUUGGAAACCCUCCUGCCCACAGUCUCCCAGUAGACUGCUCAGUGCUCGAAUGCAUUAUUGCCAUGGGCAGCUGCCAUCCACAUUCCUUACUGUGCUGCUUUUGCUGGACACAAACUGAUUGACAAAGAUGACUUUAAAAUACUGCAAACCAGCCAAGCACAUUGCACUUCUGGUUUUGGGGUGUCUUUUUUGAAGGAAGACAUCUUUUAAUGUAAAAAGAAUGUAACAAUUUAUGCUUUUUUUUCCUUGGAAUGAAAAAAAAAGCAACUUACCAGCCUUCACUGAUAAGCUUUUGGUUUUCCAGCAGCAUAAAACAGAUGUAAGGCUAAAAAAGAUUUCAAAAUACAAGAAUGGGAGGGAGAGAAGGUUUUGUCUUGCUCUACCUAACCACAUUUCCCCCAAAACCAUCUUACAUUUCAUUCACGUUCACCAGUCCUCUUCCAAGUUUUUUGGGUUUCUGGGGGUUUUUGUUUUUUAACAUUUUGGCUUCUCUGCAAUGAGCUUGGUGUGUUUUAUAAAUAAGAACAAACAUUCAGCCAAGCCCUGACACAUCCUUCCCCUCAAAAGCCAGAUCCCAUCAUUCCACUUGGUGGCAUUCUGUAUCAGCAGGUGUUUUUGGUCUGUUUCACUGCAUUAUGGUGUACAUACUGCACAGGAACUUUUAAGAAACAAGUCACAGAGUACAAGGUGAAAUGAAGGUUUAUUUGUUGAAAAAUAAAUAUUAAAAAAUUAGCGAUUUA